UCGUAUAUUACUUAGAAGCUCCGUGCAGACCAUAGCCCUGACGGAGUUUAGGUACCUUCGGUGAAUUCGAUAUCACACUUUAGCAGUCAGCCGCGCUAUGGAACAACAGUCACGACGGCGGCGGAGGCCGGCAUUAUCGUGUGUUCAAUGCCGACGACGCAAGAUCAAAUGUGACAGAGGCGAUCCAUGUGCACACUGCCUCACCGCCAAGAGUCAGUGCACCUAUAGGCUCUAUGGCGGCGAGCCGGGUGCGCGGCAGGAAUCAGUAUGCCAUCCGAGUACGAUAUCCAGCGUGCCGAAUGCUAGAACUAUUAGUUCACCUCAAUAUCCUGGGAAUAGUGCGGGUUUGCGUAUUUCUCUGUCUAACCGAGAUACACUUACUCCAUUGGUCACAACUGCAAUAACAGAAGGGGGCGAACAGGGCGACCUGGAUCGUUCCAUUCCCAACGACACUCAACCUCCGUGCCACACCCCAAGGGUAGACAUCAAUGUAUCAGGUAGUCUGCGGCGAGUGGCAAACCAGGAGAGGAAUUCAGAACGGGGAUCUACUACAAGCAGCACACGGGAGAAAGCAGUAGAUCUCUUGAAUGAACACUCUGCGCUAGAUCACUCGCAUAUCAGUCUCAAUAAGACACGAAUAGUCAGCUCCAGUCACUGGAAGACUACCACGCAAGAACUUGCACCCGUCUUGUCCUGUUAUAUGCGGGCAAUGAAAAAUGACAGAGGAGCAUCGGUUGAAGAUGUACAGACCCGAGCCGUUGUCAUUGAGAUGGGCGACCUGCUCCGCACGAGCAAAGAUAUAACCAAGCGCAUCAAGAUGACACGGCCUAGUGGGAGUUUGGCAGAUCCUGACUUUGGCCUUAUCAACCCUACACGCGAACUAGCAGAUGAAAUGACCAACCUAUAUUUUCAGUCAUUCGAGUCGGCACAUCGCAUACUCCAUGUGCCUACGUUCUGGACCGAGUACAAAAAAUAUUGGGAAGGACCCGAAAGUGCCGCGACAGCGCUGAGACUAAAAGUACUUCUUGUUGUUGGUUUGGGGUCAAGUUUACACGCAGAAACCAAUCCUGAUUCCGAUAUCCGUGUAAUGCUUUAUCAAUGGGUACAGGCUGCCCAGAGUUGGCUCUCAGGGCCACUGAAGAAGGAUCGACUAAGCAUUGACGGGCUUCAAAUCUAUUGUCUUACGGUUCUAGCACGUCAGGUCUUCUCGAUUGGUGGCGACUUGGUGUGGAUGUCAAUGGGCUCCCUGAUUCACAGAGCCAUGCAAAUAGGUUUGCAUCGUGAUCCUAAGUACUUGCCACCGAUGUCGAUAUUACAAGCUGAAGUUAGAAGAAGGCUCUGGGCCACGAUCGUUGAGCUGCUUGUUCAAUCAUCUUUGGACUCGGCGAUGCCACCAAGGAUUUCCUUUGCGGAGUUCGAUACCGAUCCGCCAUCAAAUGUCCACGACGAAGAGCUCGAUGGCUCAACAACAACGCUAGAACCUCAUAACAAGAGCACUUAUACUGCGACUUCCAUGCAGCUCCGCUUGCUCGACUCACUACCAACCCGUCACAAGGUGGUCGAACUCCUGAAUGGCCUGAAUUCAGAAAUCUCCUACCUUGACGUGCUUGCAAUAACGUCCGACAUCAUGGAUGGAAUUCGGACAAACGAUGAGUUCCUUUCGCGAAACGACAAAUUCGGUGCGACUUUGUUCCAUCGAAACCUACUCGACUACUUGCUACGUCGGUUUCUUCUGCUUCUACAUUGCCCAUUCGCCGUCAAAGCUCGAGCCAACCCGUUGUUCUACAACUCUGUCAAAGUAAGCAUCGACGCUGCCAUGGCUAUAGUAUCGCCACAGCCGGAUCACGCAUUUUCCCAACUGAUGGUUCUUGGCGGUGGCAUGUUUCGAGAAGGAUUUCGCUGCGCCGGUAGCGUAAUCAGCUACGAGGUGAUCGCACGAGCUGAGGCACAACGCCACGCGGGAACUCUGUACGGAAACUCCCACAACAUCGAUUACCUCAAACAAGCCAUGCAUAGAAUUAUCGAUUUCUCGGUGAAGCGGAUCGAAUACGGCGAAACGAACAUCAAGGGUCCGAUGUUCCUGAGUAUGAUAAUGGCACACGUUGCGGCUAUUGAAGCUAAUAUCCCAAUUGAGUACCAAAUCGCUCGGAGUGGGAGAGAGAGUCUUGAGCACUGUGUCGAUUUGCUGCAGAAAAGAUCGGAUGCUAUCUCUCUAGCAAACCCUGACAACAUCGGGUUUACCCCAACGAACUUCAGCGAGCACGAUAGCUACGGUUUGGACUUUGACCUGGACUUUUUCUUGGGAGACGCGGAUUUUGCAUAAACCGCGUCAAUAUGUAUUGGCCAUGUUACCAUGCGUGCGACCUCCUCGGCCGAUACGCUGGAGCACAUUCGCUGUAAGCGGAGAUAAGUAUUUCACUGCAGCAA